CGCGUCUCUCUUUCACCUCCUGUGAUCCAUCGGCGUCGAGGCAACCUUCGUUUCCGCUUCCUGCGGCUGAGGCGUUUUCCCGCCUUUUCCUUCUCCGCCUCCUCGGGCCUCCUCAUUGUAUUUUUCUUUCUGUCAGCGAGAUGGAGAAGGAGGCGCCGGCAGGUGCGGCUUCGAGCUCCGGCCAGGGCGAAGAAGGGGACGCCAGGCCCAAGGAGAGCGCUGCCGACGAGGGAGAGGAGCGGGGUGGCGAGGAGCCGGUGGUGUCGCUGGCCGAGGUGCUGGCCGAGAGCGAGCAGCUCGAGCAGGAGGCGCGCGCCGUGCUGGGAGGCAGCGACCACGAGAGGUGCAGCUACUCCCAGGGUGCUGUGAAGAGACAAGCCCUAUAUGCCUGCAGUACUUGUACACCACGAGGAGAAGAACCAGCAGGGAUCUGUUUAGCAUGCAGUUAUGAAUGUCAUGGUACCCACAAAUUAUUUGAGCUGUAUACAAAAAGAAACUUCCGUUGUGAUUGUGGAAAUAGCAAAUUCAAAAAUUUGCAAUGCAAACUAUUACCAGAAAAGGCAACAGUUAAUCCAACAAAUAAAUAUAACGACAACUUCUUUGGAUUAUACUGCGUUUGUAAAAGACCGUAUCCAGAUCCUGACGAUGAGGUCCCAGAUGAAAUGAUCCAGUGCAUAGUUUGUGAAGAUUGGUUUCAUGGACGGCAUCUUGGUGAAAUUCCUCCAGACAGUGGCGAUUUUCAUGAAAUGGUAUGCCAAGCUUGCAUGGACCGCUGCCCUUUCCUGUGGGCAUAUGCCCCAAAAUUAGCAGUUCCCACUGUGACCAAAGUUACUCCUGCAGCUGAAGAUGGAGUUAUUUUGAAUGUUGAAGAAACCGAAGAAGUAAAAAAGGAAAAUGGCGGCAGUCCCCAGAUGAAGACGGAGGAAGAGAAAGUAGCUCAAAACAAUGAACCAUCUACCAGUUCAGUCUCUGAAUGUUCUCAGAGUAUUAAGAAUGAGGCUUCCACCUGCACACUGCAAGAACUUCAAGUCAAACAGUAUCUGAAGAAGAAUACAGCCACCUUCUGGCCACACAAUUGGCGGAGCAAGUUGUGCACCUGUAAAGAAUGCUUGAAAAUGUAUUAUGAUCUGGAGGUCCCAUUUUUAAUGGAGGAAUGUGAUACAGUUUUGGCGUAUGAAAAUAAAGGAACAAAUGACCAGGAAGCAGACAGAAGAGAUCCACUAAUGGAUACACUUAGCAGCAUGAAUAGAGUCCAGCAAGUUGAGCUCAUCUGCGAAUACAAUGAUCUGAAAACAGAAUUGAAAGACUACUUGAGAAGAUUUGCAGAUGAAGGGACAGUUGUUAAGAGAGAGGACAUUCAGCAGUUCUUUGAAGAGUUUCAGUCUCGUAAGAGGAGAAGGACGGACCGGAUGCAAUACUACUGUAGCUAGACAACUUGGAAAAUUUUAUGGACAAGUUUUUUGGCUAUCUCUGCUAGCUUUUCGUUUUCCCUCCUGGUUUUACCCAGCCUCCUGUUCAUCUCGGCUUUUGCUCUAUUCUCUCAUGUUCCUCUCUAAAUACGAUCCAGCUCCAUAACAGCUGGUCUAAAAAGCAACAAGAUCAUGGAUUAUCGAAACCUGUUUUAUCAUUUGUUGGGGGAGAGUGGGGUAAGGUGGUUAGGUAUGAAGGGUACAUCCUUAGAAAGGAAUCUGGAAGCCUCCUAACUUGUAUAGAUAAAACCAUAUCCUUCAUAUGGUUAAAAGGAAAACAUAGGUAGCUGAUUAACAUUUUCAGAAAGGUCUGAGUCUUGAGUGCAAGAGUUCAUACUUGUUCAGUUGAUGUUUUUACUUUAUUAAUUUCUGAUACAAAAGCAUAUUGUUGGUUAUUGCUAUUGGCUAUGAAUCAGUGCUUACAGAAUAGGAAUAUAAAUCUCUGUAGUUUUCUGAAUUACAACUUUUAAAAGGACGUAACCCUUUGAGACAUGAUGUUUUUCAGGUUGUAGUUCCUGGAUAGUAAAAAACCAUUGUAUUGGUUUUUUUUAAAAAAGGGCUAUGAAGCCAGUGUUUUGAUUUCCUCUGCAUAAAAUGUAAAUAAAUUGCUUUCUGUUAGGUGGUACUACUAGUUUAUAACUUGUUUUUUGGACCGGAAAUAAUUUCUGAAAGCUUGUAUAAUCGUUUUAGUUUGUAAAUGUCUAAGAGGUGAUAGCCAUCAAGCUACUUACCAAACUGUAAAGUACAAAGUGGUGACCUUUGAUAAUAAUGUCAAGACAAUAAUACUGUACUGUUGAAAUCAGCUCUCCAAAGCAGAUGUGUUUUCAUACCGUUUUAACUUUUAUCGUCUUCCUAACUACUCAGGCAAAUAAUUCUUCAGUGUGUAUAUGACCCUUAGUACUCAAUAAGUUUAAUCUCUGACACUGUUUGACUUUUACAUUUCAAUAAAGCGUUUGGUUGUCA